UUGUUGAUAUGUAAAUACACUGAAUGGAACUGGAUUAAUGUAAAGUACUGUGAAGGCGAAGGCAGAGGUGCAUCAGGUUGGAGAAAAUUUGAGGAUUUCUGCAGGUGAGACUGGCUGCUUUUGACAUUAACUGUUGAUUUUGUUCUUUAGGCUUCAUUAAAUUGGAUCCUUUAUGGAAAACACAACUUUAGAUCUAGACCUCUUGCUGCUGGAGGGGUUAAAGGUCACUCCUUAUUCGUCUAUCCCAGCCUUCAUCCUGCUGCUCCUCAUCUAUGUCUUUGUGAUGCUGUGCAACGUCGGCCUGGUCACCAUGAUCGCCCUGCAGAGGAGCCUCCACCAGCCCAUGUUCCUGCUGUUCUGCAACAUGGGAGCCAACGACGUGCUUGGUGCCUCCACCAUCAUCCCCCCCGUGCUGAGCACCGUCUUCACACCGGCAGCGCAGCGGUACAUCCGCUACAGCAGCUGCGUCCUACAGGCUUUCUUUGCCCACUUCCACGCCAGCGUCGUCCACACCGUUCUUAUGAUCAUGGCCUUCGACCGCUACGUGGCAGUCUGUAAGCCGCUGCACUACGCCACCAUCAUGACCAGCCGGAUGGUGGUGAAGCUGUCCGUGUCAGCCUGGGUGGUGUGCUUGUUGCUGGUGGCGUUGAUGGUGGGGCUCAGCGCCAGCCUGUCCCGCUGCCGGGCGGUUGUGCUCAACCCGUUCUGCGACAACCCCUCGCUGUUCAAGCUGUCCUGUGAGAGCAUCCUGUUCAACAACGUCUACGGCCUGGCCAACACCGCGGUCCUGCUGGGCUCGUCGCUCGGCAGCAUCAUGCUCACCUACCUGCGCAUCGCCAUGGUGUGCCUCACCAACCGCAGCAAGACAAACAGCACCAGGGCGCUGCAGACAUGCGGCACUCACCUCGUCCUCUACAUCAUCACCUUCGUUUCAGGAGCCCUCACCAUCAUUCUCCAUCGAUUCCCUGACUUAUCAGACCAAAGGAAGAUGGCCUCCAUCCUGUUCCAUGUCGUUCCUCCAGCUAUGAACGCCAUCGUCUACGGACUGCAGAUCAAAGCUGUCCGCCAGAAGAUUUUCAUCCUGUUCACCAAGAAUACAACGGCAGAUAUGAAGGGAUAAAAUGAAAAAGCACUCAAAUGUAAACUGCAACAUGAUCUGUUAAUAUUCAGAAUAUAUUUAACUUUUAUUCCUAAAUUUUUAUCUAACAGGUUUUUCAGAACCUGUUCAUGAACUGAAUUUGAGUUUUAACUGCACUUGGAAACUGCAGUUUAUUCAAACAUAUUUAUACUUUAUUGUUCAUUUCUGUUUUAUUAAGUAUUAUGAACAUGUUCUCACAUACAGUGAAGAAAGAGACAAAGGUAAUGUAAAGAGAAACAGAAUACAGUUUUCAAAUUAUAAUUAUUUAUUAAGCAAACUAUGAGGAGAACACACAGCUAUGUAACAUAUACUAUAAAAAACUAAAAUUAUAAAUCAGCCUGAUUAAUAAAAACUUUAUUUAAUGAAAGUAUCAUCUUUAAAGUUUAGAAUUUGAAAUACUUCAAGAACGUGAAGGUCAGUUUCCUGGUUUGUAUUUUGUUAUUUGCUACGAAAAGAAAUUCUAGAUGUUUAACUUUUUGAAAAAAAAUGACACUAUUUUAAUUUAUUAGGGAACAGAUUUAGUUAAACAUAAGAAACUUAAAGAACAUUAAUCAAGCAGCUUAAUCCUGACAAUAAAUCCUACCAAACUGGACUUAUUUAAAAUCUCAACUAUGUCAAUAAUGCAAAAAGACUCAUUAAUCUAAGAGACUAUAGCAACAUGCAACAGUUUCAUUGUUUUAUCUGAAGCAGAAAGAGUUUGAAAAGGUCCGUUGCAAAAAUAUAUGAGCUUCAUGAAUUUGGAUUGAAUUUCCUGUUAUGGAUCAGAAUAUUGUUUCACUCAGUCAACGCCUGAAUAAAAACAGAAACAAAGACGACAUUUGUUAAAUUUAGGGGAGUCCACUCUCACCAUCACCAACCACCAUGAUUAUGAAAUUAAAAAUAAUAAUAAUAAACCCAGAAAAUCAGUUUAAAUGCUUCAAAAUGUUUUCCCUUUAAAAUCUAAUGCAAACCUGCAACUUUGUUUUCAGUAACUUCACACUCCUGUCAAUGGAACAAAGCAAA